AAUUAAAUUGUCAGCAAGUGAAGUACGUUCGCUUCGAAUUCAGGGCAAAAUUCUCAGUUAUCAUCAUAGAGUGUUCGAGUCCAAAGGGGGCAGUAUCCAAAAAACAACAACCACCUAAAUGAGCACGCGGAGGCAGACCAGUCCUCUGAGGAAUCUUCGCCAGAAAUGCGGCGGCAGCUGCACCAGUGAAGAUGAGCUGCCAGAGGUCAAGAUAAUCACCCAGCCGAUCAACGGUCUGCACUACAUCCGGAAUCGACUGAGACCGCCGAAAGCCCAGAAGGGCAUUUACUACAGCACGGAUUGGGAUAAGUCGGCGCUGGUCAGCAAUUUCCAGAAAAGAGGUUGGCUCCAGGUGCCCUCCUUCAACGGCGAAUGGAACUUCUACUGGGCGUGCACCCAGAAUUGUCGCUACAUCUUCGGCAUCGAUCAUCCGUAUCGCAUGCGAUCCGAUCAAGUCAUUAACCACUUCCCGAACUCCGUGGAGCUGUCUCGCAAGGAUCUGCUGAUCAAGAACAUCAAGCGGUAUCGCAAGGAUCUGGAGCGACGUGGUGAUCCAUUGGCGCAAAGUCAUCCGCCGGAUACGAAACUGGGCAUAGGCGGCACCAGAUACAAGCACCUGGACAUCAUACCCAUGACCUUUGUCCUGCCCUCCGAUUACCAGAUGUUCGUCGAGGUCUUCCAUCGCAAUCCGGCCAGCACGUGGAUAGUGAAGCCGUGCAGCAAGUCCCAAGGUGUGGGCAUCUAUCUGGUCAACAAGUUGUCCAAGCUGAAGAAGUUCGCCUACGAUGCGCGCACCUUCUAUCCGCAAAUCAAUCGCGACACCUGCGUCAUUUCCAAGUACAUCGACAAUCCGCUGCUCAUCGGUGGCAAGAAGUUCGACCUGCGACUCUUCGUCCUCGUGACCACCUUCAAUCCGCUCAAGGCGUAUCUCUACAAGGAGGGAUUCUGCCGCUUCUGCACUGAGAAGUACGACGAAACGGAGAUCGACAACGUUUUCAUGCACCUGACCAACGUCAGCAUCCAGAAAACGAACGAAGAGUACAAUGCCAUCCAUGGUGGCAAGUGGCCACUCCAGAAUCUGUGGCUCUAUUUGGACAGCCUGCGAGGUGAGGGCGUUUCGGAGAUGCUGUGGAGUCGCAUUAGCGCCACCAUCCGGCACUCCUUGGACGCAGUGGCUCCGGUGAUGGCCAACGAUCGGCAUUGCUUCGAGGUCUAUGGCUAUGACAUAAUCAUUGAUAACAACCUCAAGCCCUGGCUGAUCGAGAUCAAUACGUCGCCGUCGAUGCACUCGACCACCACGAACGACCGCAUGCUCAAGUCGCGGCUGAUAGACAAUGUUCUGGAUGUGGUUGUGCCGCCAAAUUCUUUGCCAAAUGAGCACUGGGAUAAAACGCCCAGUCCAGAGCUUCUGCAGAACUUCACCGUUCUACUGCCCAUUUCGCCUUCUAAGCCCCAGACGCCAGCGCCCGUUAGACGCAAGGGCAGGGUGUCCAAGAAAAAGAAGUCCAAGUGCACGGCUGCAUCUCCAGCUGCUAGCUCAUCCACUCCACCGCCCGCCGAAGGAGAGUCCAAGAUUAGGAAGCCCAACAAGGUGGUGAAGCGGUGAUGCUGUGGAGCCUAAUACUUUGUCGUUGGGUGGUUGUCAAAUGGAAAUGAAAUCGGACGACUGGUUGUUUAUGAAAAUUUGUAACGUUUAAUUCGCAACUCGGUAUUCGGUAUCGCACAAAUUACUUAGGAAGUACACAAAAUUAAAGUAUCGUAAAUAUUCGCUAUA